UAAAACCAGAAUUGAAUACUUCUGUAUAAAUAUGACUCUUGGUGUUACAAAUUAAUCAGUUUUCUUUAGAAAACAAAAAAUGAAAAUUUGUUUCUGCUUUCUACUACUUGGUGUUGUCACCACAACCAUAGCCCAGAAGCACAACCAUGUCGGGUUUCUUGACUAUGCCUAUACGUACGACAAGAAAAACUACCCUGAUCUAGAGAAGCAUUCGUGCCGAAUGGCCGAUGACGUCUUCUAUCGCAGUCUCAAUACAAAGUCGCCGCUAAUCCAUGCCCUAAGAUCUCUGCCUGAUGCUAAACCAGUUGCAAGUGAUAAACUAACAGCUGCCGCGCAACCUGCAGCUAACGCUAAACCCGCAGCUGACGGAAAAGCACCUGCACCGAAAUAAAAAUACAAAAACAGAAAACAAAUAAACAAACUAUUGAUUUA